GUCGGGUCACGAUCCGAUCAACGCAGACGGUGGUAGGGACCAUGCGCCGGAGCCCGGUGGACGGGCGGUCAGGUCAAGCGGGUAACGUUUCGCCCGUUCCGGCGACGAUCAGUAGUCGGUCGGUCGGUGAGCAAUCCGGUCAACGCGUCGCUGUUACCGCCGUUUCGCCGCGUCUCCGUAGCCAUGAUGGACGACGAACUGUUAAUCGAGCUGGUGCGCGAAAACCCCGUGCUGUACGACUCGGCGCAUUUCAAAUAUUCCGACAUAACGCACAAGGCGGAUUUGUGGAAGCGUAUCGGCGAGCUACUCAGAUCAGGUACGCACACCCGCCAAACAACGCGCCGUCCCCGCGACGCCGCCGGGCCACCGGCGCCCGUUCGGCUGGCGAAUCGCCGUCGCUCGGGACGCGACCGGGUUUUUCGACGGGCCGCGCGUUUUUCCCGACGACGCCGCCGGCGCGGGUGCCUCGGUUUCGUUCUUUCGUCGACCGCCGGGUUACCGCGUGGCGCCGCGCACGCGGGCGCGCGGCCGCGAUCCACGGACGUGAUCGCGGCGAUCGCGCGCGCCGAGCCCCGCCCGGAAUCGCAUUCGCCGUCCGUCGCGACGGUCCCCGCGGGCGGGUCGCAACGCCGUAAACCUCUCGUCGGACCGUAGCGCGCGUCCCGCGCGGGUGCCCGCCCGCGGAAACGGCGGCGGCCCGGCUUUUUAAUCGACUCGCGCGCGAUCCGUCAUCGAGUUGCACGCGUAGGUGCCCGGGUAGGCGACGCGCGCGCGAAAAAUCGCGUAUCCCCGUCCGCGCACCCGGAUCGAUUUUCCGCCGGGCGAGCGCGAGAGCGUUCGCGACGACGUCAGGCGUACACCCUGCCGCAGUGUACGCAGCGACGGCGGCGACGCGUUGCGGAGAAACCGUGCGGCGCGUGCACGCGCACGCACACGCACGUGUUGAUGGCGGCGCUCGCCGGCGAUCGCGGCGGUGACGUGCUGCGUCGUCGCCGUAUCGACAACGGCCCGUGUAAUGUCGCCGUUGUACGGAGCGAUUGUUAUUUAUUUUUUUUUUUUUUUUACCCCGGAGACCGAUCCGAUCAAUCGCCACGUCCCGUUCAUCGUAGUCGCGGUGAGCGGACAUAAAAGUCCGGAAAAAAUGAUGCGUUUUAAAAUUCGGGCCCUCCGUUAUCGGGAGAGGAAAAAAAGCAAGCAAACCCCCCCCCCCCCCUUGAAUGAAUUGGUCAAUGUGUGGGUAUGCUAGUCCACUCGUUUUGCCCACGGCUCGUCCACGUACAAUUUUUUUUUUUUUUUUUUCAUCCGAUAACUUUACUAUUAUUUUUUUUUUCUAUUAUCGACUAUGAAAAUAGAUAAAAUCACGUAUAACAACUGGUGAUCGUGAUGUUAACAACUUUUGUUUUCUCGUCGAACGGUGGUUCUCCGGCUCUCGCCACCGUUGUCGGUCACACCGUAAACUAUUAGAAUAUAAACGAAUAAUUAAUGUAAACAUAAACAUGUAUGAGCCCGUAAUAUUUUUAGAAAAAAAAAAAAAAACAGUACAAUUUCAUGUACUUAACACUCUCGUUAAGAACGUAGGACAGUCCUAUGAAAAAGAACGCGGCUGGUCAAUUAUAGUCCAGUGUUUCCCAACUUAUUUUACUCACGGGAUCUUUUCGGGAACUUGAAUAUUUGAUGGAAUCCCCAUUUUUUUUUUUUUUUUUAUUUUAUUUUUUUUUUUUUUUUUUUUUUUUUGCCGAAUAACGUAGACAUAUUUUUUGGACACCGAAAUAAGUGGGCGGUCCGAGACUUCCGGAAAAAAUGGCUGUAUCACUUUCCGUGGCACUCUGAUCGAAUUGAAAAUGUUUUAAAACCUUGAACACCAGAUGGAAAACACUGUAUUAUACAUCUGUACCCGGUGGACGAAAUUCGACCGCGAUUCUUUACGUUUCAGAUUCGGAGUGUAGCGACGAAUGCAUUAGUUUUUUUUUAUUUUUUUUAUUUUAUUUUUUUUUUUGAUCUACGAACAAAUUUUUUACUAUCUUUCCCCAAAAUUUGGGUUUUUUUUUUCUCAUUUAUGACGGUCGACUAAUCGGAUAUUAAAUACAAAUACAGUAGAAACCGUUUAAAAUGGGAUUCCGGAUUCAAGGGACAGGAUAAAAUUAGUCGUAAUAACCGACUGUCAUUACAAUCAAAAAUCAAAAUUUUAAAAUCACCAACAGCAAUCGUCUACGUUUAUAAUGACACAAAAAACACGAAAUAAACGGUGUUUAUUUAUUUAUUUGUUUUUAUUUUUUAUUUUUUUAUAUUGUGUACAAGAAUUCUACCGGCAAUCUUGCUCGGUUAUUUACGCGCAGUACCAUUCCUGAAAGGGAACGUUGUCUAGAUAGUACUUUCGGGGAUCAUUUUUUUGUUUUUCAAUGCGGUAUACGUAAUAUCUGGAAAAAAACCAGGAUAAAACGUAAGAAAAACGGGAAAUUCACGAAAAUAAUGCGUUUAUUAUUUUUCAAUUAUUUGUUAUUUGUUGUAAUUCAGUUAAAAAUAUUCGCAGAGACUUGUAAUGCGGACAGAAAACAUUCUAGACGUGGUAAAAUAUUCAACAAAUUUAAGCCAUUUUUGAGCUAUUUAUAGACAUUUAAAUUUUGCUAGUUUUGUAGGAAAUUUUUAUUCAGUAGGUACUCUGUGUUAAAUUGUUUAGACUUAAAAAAAUACAAGAGGUGCAUUAUCAUUGGAGUCAAUUUGUGAUCAGAAAAGAAAAUUGAAGUUUGAUGUGUUUUUUUUUACAAAGGAAUUUUAAUAUCAAAUUUUGACGAAAAUCGUUGAGUAACAAAUCUAAUUUUUCAAUUUUUUUUUAUUUCCGAAUAGAUGUAUAUUGCCGAUUUAAGAACGAUGGUAAAGUCAGAAUUGAACGGACUGACCAAGUUUCGACAUUAUAGCUUUUUAAAGUUCUAAUAUUAUAUUAUUUUAAGUAACUAAAUAUUGUCUACUAUAUAUUAUGUUUGUCGUAGCUGAGUGAUAAAACAUACCAAUUUUCACCCUUGGGUUCGCGAGUUCGAAUCUGUGUUUCGAACAAAAAUUUUUUGAUUUUUUUUUUUUUUUUUUUCCCCCUUUUACCUAAACAAGGAGAAAAAAUGCAUUCUGAGUGUAUCUAGAAACUCGGACUAUUUUAAUCGCAAAAUACCUCUUGAUUUGUUGUACAAACUUUUCUGCCAAAAAUCUUGCUCCAAUAUACCAAUUGUAGCUUAUUUUCCGAAAGAAAAUUUUAUCGCCAUGGUAACUUAAAGAGGUUUUUUUUUGUUUUUCCCAUGAGUUUUCCCAAUAAAUGGGAAAAAUCGAGAAAAAACUGGAAAAUCUACAAAAUACAUUAGUAAAAUAUUACGAUUAUUUUGUUCCUGUAGAUAACUUUUCUAUCAGUAAUUUUGCUUAGAUUUACAAUGAUAGCAAUUUUUUUAAAACGAAAUCCGGCUGGAGAGAUUCUUUAGAGAGGUUAUUUUGAGAUUUUCUCAGGAGUUUUCUCAAUAAAUGUGAAAAACCGAAAAAACCGAGGAAAACAUAAGAAAAUCGGUACAACAUUAAACAAAUAUGAUUUAAGAAAAUAUAUAAAGCCUAUAUAAUUAGUUUACUAUAAUAUGACAUAUAUACUGGCUGUACAAAGCAACUGAACUCCACUCAGAAUUUGUUUUUUCGUUAGCAAUGAUUUAUCGUUUCUUACAAGUAUACAUUAAAUUAUCUAUAACAGUGGCUGCACCCGUUCCCCAUUAUCCUAGAUAAACGUUUUUGUUUUUCUUUUUAAUCUUAAUUAUUUGGUUUUUCAGAUGCUGGAAAAUGCAAACAACGCUGGGAAUCUCUCCGUUCUCAGUACAGAAAAUUUAUGCGCAAUACAAAAUCUAAAACGUACGAUGGCCAGCAGCCCAAAUGGAAAUACAGUGACCAACUGUCGUUUAUUCAUCCUCACAUGAAGGACAAGAAGACCAACGCAGACGGUUCGGAAGAUAACCAGGACGAUAUGGACGAUCCGUUGCACGCGGAAUCUAACGAUUCUUGGCCCGAAACUAAUAUCGGCUUGGAAAUCUCGACGCCGUCGUCAUCGUCGACGCAAAAACGCAUUCUAACCUUCGACGAGCUGCCAGAAGACAGUUACGGCGUCUGGAAAUCCUUGGCUAAGAAAAGAAAAUCGGCGUUGGCGGAGAUGGCGAGUACUACACACGUGAAGCAUGUGUUGGACGUAAAAAAAGAUACCAGAUUUGACGAGCUCGAUUUGUUUUUCGAUACGAUGAAAAUGACGGUCAAGAAGUUUACCAUUUCAGAUAAGUUGUUGGUGAAACGGAAAGUGUUCAACAUCAUCACCGAAAUAGAGGAAAUGUAUGCGGACGACGAACAACUAUGACAAAACCCUGACCCGUCUGUUCCCAGAUCAUUAUCGCUAUCUUAUUUACCUCAUAUGUAACGGUAAUGUACUCUUGCCAAAUUAAACAGUUUUUUUUUCUUUUAUUACUUACCACACACGUUUCACUAUAUGUAACAAUCAAAUAAAUCUAAGGGGAAGACAUUUAAUUUAUAACAAUAAAAAUUCAUAAAAUCAUACAUAAUUACCAAUAAAAUUCGAUAUUAUUUUAGUAAUCCCUUGCUUCACUAUGAAAGAAAAAAAAAAAAGCAAUUUAAUAUUUUCUUAGAUUUAUUUUACGAUUGUAGAUUAUUUUGAUUGUGUUAAUCUAUUUCAUUAAAAACUGUGUUAAUAAAAUGGUGUGACAACGUUUGUUGACAUUCGUGUUUGAAACAUUUUUUCCUUUUCGCAUUCCGAUAAAAUACUAUCGCAUAACUCACAGUUUUAAAAACGUUGACGCAUGCAUUUUUUUUAUUUGUACAGAUUAGGUUUUAUCCCUCUUUUAUGAGAGAUUAAAAAUGCCGUUGUUACGUGACGUUUUUCUACGGACAUUAAAUGAAAUCUACAUAAUUUAUUAUCAUGUUAACCGUUUUUUUUUUUUUUUUCAUUUGAGUAGCACGUUAGCGAUACCAAACUAAUCUCACCAGCUGUUGUACACAAAAUAAAUAUGUGCGAAAACAUUACAUUUCCAACCCACCUAAACUAAACAUAAUAUGAAACGUUUUUCAAAUUGUGAAUGGAACGAAGAAUUUUUUGGUUUUACAAUGUUUUUUUUUUUUUUUUUUUUUUUUUAUACCAAUAAGCAUACUUCGAUUUUCAAAUAUACCAUCUUUUCUGAAAGGAAAUAUUCUCUGGGCAGUACUUUUUAGAGGUCAUUUUAGAGGAAAAUUCUCAUUCAUAUUCGAGAUAGUGAGGAAAAUCUCGGUUUUUAGGUAAAAAAAGAUUGAGAUUAAAAAUAAGGUUUUCGUUGGCGACAGUUUUUAUUUAUCUUUUGUUAUUAUUAAGUUUUUACUGUUUUUAUUUUUUUUAAACAAUCAUUGUUUCCACGGAAACGCACAUUAUUGUAAUCAUUUUACCAUAAUAUGAUAUGUACCAUAUACUGUAUUAUUGACAAAACAACAAUAUUAACUGAACUCCGUUCAGAAUCGUUUUUUUCGUUAGCAACGGUUUAUCUUUGCUUACAGAUGUAUAUUAAAUUCCCGUUUGUAUCCUACUUUCCCAACUUUCCACCUAUAAUAGUGGUUGCACUCACUUGUAAAAUAUGUCCGUCUUUUUUGUGUCUAUGUAUAUAUUUUUUAUUAAUAUAUUUAUUUACGAGUAUUAACCAUUUUAAUAACUUUGUAUGUAUUUUGAAUGUAAUAUACUAUGUGUG